AUGUUGGAAGAAGUAGCUGGCAUGUUUUUGUCAUUAUUUUCGCUUUUCUGGAGCGAUAGACCCCGCGUAUCUUUUCGAGAACAAAUUGACUCGGAAGAAGGAGGGGUAGAUGAUGGUAGAUGGCAACCGUAUAUCAAUGAAGAAUACGAGAACUUUCUUACUAACGAACAGUUAAACUCAGUGUUGGUUAAUGAAAGAUUAACAGAUUAUACAAGGCUUGGUGGUGCUUCCUCUGGGCGGAGAAGUUAUUGGGAGUCGAGUCGGAAAAGUUUAUGGACAACUCUAAGUGUUACGUUCGCCAUAUUCCCUUCAACGGUUUUCAUAAUACGGUUUCUUUAUGUUGAUUUAAACACAACGGAUCUUUGUUUGGAAUGGCAGUAUCACAAUAACACUUUACCAUUUUCUGUAAAACGACUUCGUGUCAUCGGUGACAGUGUUGAAGCGGUGAUAAUCAAUCUUUGGUUUCCGCUGACAUCUGUAGUUCUAUUUGGAUGGAAAGAGUUUAAACUGAGGUUUUUGUCCACUUUUUAUGUCGCUUUUAUCUUCGGAGGAAUGGUAAUAAUUUAUUACUUAUUUUUGCUAGUAUUUGGUGUCUACGAUACGCACAUGUAUUACAGAUAUCCUGCAAAUCUGCUGUUCUUAACUGGCAUAAUCUGCUGUAGCAUUGUCAUCCUGCGCAACAUCCGAGCGAACCGACCGAGCAAUUAUACACUGUCCUAUUCUAACGGUCGUGUUUUGGUUUUAGUUUCAACACAGUUCCUCGCAUCUUCCAUACUGGCAUUUACCUAUAGAUACUCUAUAGUGCCUUUUUUUAAUAGCAUAAAACAAGAAAAUUACAAAUUUAUGGUGGCUGCGAUCGCACCGGCGCUGACCAUCAUUCCUGCGGUGAUUUGUAAGCACAUAGCGUUGAGACAAAGUUCCGAAGUUGUAGACCCCGGCCGGAGUUUUGUCCUAGUAUAUUUUAUCCGAGGUGGUGUCAUACUCGUAUACCGCACAAUGCAAGCAGAUUUGAAAAGCAUUUGGCUUUUUAUUGGGUUAUCUCUGUUCUCUGGUUUUAUGAACUUUUUGGAAAAGGCGACCUAUUGA